CCCCAAUUAUAAAAAGACACAACACGAAACUCAGAGAAAAAAAAAUAAAAAAAUCUGAAACAAAAAUGGUGAAUCAAAUAAACAUACAAGAAGAAGAAGAAGAAGAAGAAGAAGAAGAAGAAGAAGAAGAAGAAGAAGAGAAGGAGUACUAUCCACUUAUGAUUACAACCAAAGUAGUUGAAUACUUGCAACCAGUAAUGUGUCGAGAGCUUCUCUGCAAAUUUCCAGAUAACUCUGCUUUUGGAUUCGACUACUCACAGAGCUCUCUCUGGUCUCCUCUCUUGCCUCGAAAUUACGCUAGUCCUUCCGAUCUUGACUCCGGCUCCUCCGACGGUUGCGUUUGUCGGAACCUUAAUCUCGGGGAUUUUCAUGUAGGCAAGAAGAAGAUGAAGAUGUCAAUGAAGAAGAAGAUGAAGAAAAAGAGUAAGUUGGUGAAAUUAGAUAUGACUUCGAUGAAGAAUGAAGAUUCUCCUCAAUUCCUUCCAAGGGAUGGACUGGUGUGUUAAAGGCAGCUUCAAAACAUUUCAAGAAAUCAAGAAAGAAGAGAGAUUCAGUCGCUGAUGCCAAGCUUCUCAACUUCAAAUGAUAAGAUUAUAUAAGCCAGUUCAGUUCAAUUGCUUUUAUUGUAUUCAACAUUACUAGGCUUUUGAUGGGCUAAAUUUUAGAAGAAAAAUGUUUCUACUUGUAGUCUCCAUGCAAUCAUUUGGAGUUUUUGAUCAUAGAUUAUAAUUAUAAGUGACUGCUUUUAUU